AUGUCGCCCUUUGUGCUUAUACUGGCCACUGGCACUGAAACCGACACUCAAAUCGCUCUGCGGUUUGCACCUCAUUACCCCAUCGCAUUCCUCUGCGAUGCUCAACACAACCCAGAUCAACCGGUGAAAGCAGUCCAAGAUGCAGACGGAGAGGUAGAAGUAUUCAAAGCAGACCUCUCCAGCACCGAACUCUCUACCCCUAUUUCCACCAUUACCCGCCGUUUUGGCAAUCGAUGCGCCGCGGCAAUAUUCCAAUUGCGGAAUGACCCAAUUGUAGCUUCCGGCUUUCUCGAGCAGACUGCUGUCGAUUUUCGCCAAAACGCCAUAUCACCAAUUAAAAAUGCCUACGCCUUUUCUCGGCAGACACUACCGCUACUACUAAAUCACGCCGAUGGGUCGGGGUAUCCCCCUACGUUGAUAUUUUCCGGGGCGUCUGGGAAUUCCUACUCGGAUGAGAUCAACGAGGGUGCCCUAGUUGCUUUGUCGCGUAGUCUGGGACGGGAGGUUGGGAAGAAAGGUAUCCACGUCUGCCAUGUCAAGUAUAAGGCUUCAAAUAGACCAAAUCCGGAAUCUGCUGCGGAAACUUACUGGCAUCUGCAUACGCAGCCGUUGUCUUGCUUCAGUAAUGAAAUUACCAUCUAA